CGGAGCUCUGAGGUGGACGGACAGGAGUCACAGACCGGGUCGGAUUCUGCAUCAGAGGGGGGUCAGAAUAAGUUGUAGAUCCCGAGCUUGGUACCCGUUCUCUAUGAGACCUGGAAUACCUCUGGUAUUGGACUUUAAGAUACUGGAUUCGUAACGUUCUUUAUUUAUUUAUUUUGGCAGCAUUUUUAAAAUAACUUGUAAGGGAAGUUUGCUCUGCACUUUGUUACCAGACAAAGGAUAACAACACCGACCAGAAUACUACAGAGUAAGCCUGCUGCAUGUUUAGCCCGUGCACUUUGAAUUUAAUAGGCUGAUUUCAGCUGUACGAGUUGCUCUAUGCUCCUUUGUCUUUAUAUUCGCAGGGUAGCAAUACAUUUUCAGAGAAAGCCUACAAAGAGCAGCAGCUUUCCGAUUUAGCAGAGCAUUGAUCAGUGUGCUGAGCCAGCUGCACUCUUCUCCCUUCGCCUGACCAAUCCGGUUAAAUUUAGUUUACUCAGGAAAAUGAUGAGAAUGCCAAAAGGCGUCUCUCCGGCAUCGAGUCGGCCAGCAGUCGGACUGCCUUGCUCUCAGCAAAAGAUGAAGGUUUUGUCCACCGGAGGAGUGAAGACCGAGUUCUUCAGCACCGGACUGUCCAGCCCGCCGAUGAACACGGUACCGGUCGGCUAUUUCACCCAGAUCUGCAACACCGCCGCGGCCGAACAAAGAGCCAACAGCCUGUAUUCAACCCCCCACGGACCGGAGGCUAAACCCAUCAGAUCAUCCUCCGGGCGACUGCCGGCUAAAAGGAAGCUGGAUCUAGAGGACCCUCUUUACCUCCCAGAGUUCCGCACUCCAAAAGGCAAAGGCAGCAUCAUAGCCAGGAUACCAAGUCCAAGAACUCCAAAGUCUCCAGGUGAGCGGACGCGGUACGACACCUCCUUGGGCCUGCUGACCAAGAAGUUUGUGGGUCUGAUUGCCGAGUCUCCCGAUGGAGUUCUCGACCUGAACUGGGCCACCGAGGUUCUGGAGGUCCAGAAGAGACGCAUCUAUGACAUCACCAACGUCCUAGAGGGAGUCCAGCUGAUCAGAAAAAAAUCAAAGAAUAACAUCCAGUGGCUGGUUGGAGAUGUAUUUGAGGGUGGCGCCGGUGGAGGAGAGAAGACCUGUGCCCUGAGGAAAGAGCUGGGAGACCUGGAAAGAGCAGAGAGAUCUCUGGAUGAACUGAUCCACUCCAGCACCACACAGCUCAAACAACUCACUGAAUAUAAAGACAAUCAGAGGUUGGGAUAUGUGACGUACCAGGAUAUUCGCUCGAUUGGCAGUCUCCGAGACCAGACAGUCAUUGCUGUCAAGGCCCCUGCUGAGACCAAGCUGGAGGUGCCAGACACAGCAGGGCAGGGGUCGUUACAGAUCUAUCUGAAGAGUAAGAACGGCCCCAUUGAAGUCUACCUGUGUCCAGAGGAGGGUCUUGAAGAUGCUAGCCCCGUUAAGAGCGCUGUCACCCCUAAAAAGGAGUUCCCUCAGCCCCUUGGCCCUCCAGCUGCAACCCCAGUGGCACCACCAAGUUUCAGUAUCAAAGAUGAGCCUGCUGAAGCCGACAUAUCUACAGCACCUCCAGCCACCUCCUCAACUGCUGCCUCCAGUUCUUCUCUGCUAGAUGUAGAGGGCCUUUUGGGUUUGCCCCCCAGCCUGCUCCAGAUCACAGAAGACCAGCUUCCUGGCACCUCAUUCACCCCAGAUCCCAACACCCCCUUUGUCAGUUUCUCUCCACCCUUGGACCACGAUGAUUACCUCUGGAGCUUGGAGGAUGGUGAAGGAGUGUCAGAUUUCUUUGACACUUAUGAUCUUGGGGAUCUGUUGAAGAGCUGAGGUAUAUAUGAAGUAGGGGGGAGGAAAUUUAGGGAGAAGAGGGGAAAAUAUUUAAUUGAAUGCCUUUUUGAAGUAGGAAAUAUUACACUAUGAAGCCAUCGCUCAGUUUUUUUCUAUUCCUGUUUUCCCAAAUGGGGAUUUACCCCCUUUGUUAAUUUUAAAAUCACCAUUGUACAUAUUAUUGCAAAAAAACAUGCUCAAACUGGGAGAAUGGGUGAGGUCGAGAUUGACACUGAUGUGUGUAAUCUCCAACCAUAAUGAAACACUGUUUAAAAAAAAAAAAAAAAAAAAAAAAAGCAGGGAUUAUUUUUUAUUUCCUGUUACAUUUUCAGAUUGUGCUACAAGGAAAAGCAUUUGUAAUGUCAUACAAACACAGGAGUUAUUAUGCAUAUCACAUCAC